UGCAAUCGAUGGUGACUGGAAGCUGAAUCAGUUCUUUCAUUUCUAUCUACGAGUCCCAGGGCCGUUUCGUUACUUUGAAGUACCGGGUGAAAGAAAAUAUAUUUGGAGGGUAUCUGAGGAGCUGCAGAGCUAAAGGGGCUAGCAAUUAGUACUCGAAUAGCGGGCCACCGAAUUUCGAAGUUGCUCUUUCGCUUUAUCUCGACAACGAACACGAUCGACUCUAAAAUGCUACAGAAAAACCAUCGUAUCUUAUUCACAAUCAACUUUCGUCUCCGAUAUGCUAUUCCUUGGUUUUUGGUUUUGGCGCUGUCGCCGUCCGGGGACAUGGCUUACAUUGGAAAGUUGACUACACGUCCUUUGAAAAAAAAUUCCUCUCCGACGUUUGUUACGGUAGCAAACCUCGUUGGGGACUUCGGGCGACAAUCUGGAGGGAGUGGUGAAAUCUUCAUUCGAGAGUCGGCCAAGAGGAGUUUUGCUUUUGGACAGUUUGGGGUCAAAAUUGAAACUCGUGACUGUGAGUCGCGUGGUACACCUUGAUAAUUCACAGGCAUUUUCUAGUCAAAAUUUUGGAAACAUAUUUCGUGGGACUGAAUUGACUGUAAACCGAAGAUGGCAGAUCUGCACGUACGCACGCAGUUUCUGUCAAGUCUCUACAGGCUUUGUUUCUAACUGAAGACCUUUUUUGCUGAACGUCAUGAAGUUUACUGAGAGUUCGCUGUUCAAAGUGUUACUACAUCUAGAGUGGUAGUGUCGAAUACUGUGCUUUCUUGAAAGCAUUGGUAGUGAGAACAGUAAGCUUUGAUUACCGUCACAGUCGGUCAUCGCUACAAAUGUCUGACGUUGUCCUCAUUCCAUCCACGGAAAGGUAAAGAAUGAGACAAAGCACCGCCGCAGCCUCCAAAUUGAAAAGUAACGAUCAACAACUAAGUUGCGUCACUAACCGGAUCGUUGCCUGGUAUCAAGGGUCACCGAAGAAGACUGCGAACAGUAAGAUUGUCCGGAGCAACGGCAUCGACCGAUCCAAGGAUGAGUCCGAAUUGCCCGCGUCCAGCCGUUGGCGCAAAAUAUCGACCGGGAAAUGGGGCCCUUGGCAACGUACGGAGCUCACCAAUCCUCGCACUCGCUCUGCCCUUACCCAAAAAAGCCGACAAAUCCAUCUGCCUCGCGGUGGUACCGUCACAAUCUAUCCCGGACUACUCUCCAAAACCCAACGAGCGACGCUGAGCCAAGAGCUCCUCUCUAGCAAUUUAUUUCGUCAGUAUGAGAUUCAAGGUAUGCCGGAACCACGGGUGCACUUUUUGCUACACGAGCAGGCUACUGAUGAGCCCGAAGCCCCGCAACCCGGAUACAGGUAUGGGAGUGUGCGCAUGAAAGCGUGCCCUUUACGAGGGCUCCCCAAGCUCUGUCGCUUAUCGAAAAUUGUGGGCAAAAGGGCUGGCGUAGAGAGCUGGAAUAUUGGGGUCAAUCCAGUAUUCUACCGAGACGGCAAAGAUCGAAUUGGAGCACACGCCGACGACGAUCAGGGCGAAUCCUGCAUCUUGAGUGUUAUCGUGGCUUCCCCUAUUCCGCUUCGACGACUCUUGAUUCAACCUAAACCAACCAAAAUUGUGGAUAGGACUGUACUUGGGACAAAGCAGAAAGGAAACAAACGGUUGAAACUAAAAACGGGAAACGGCGAUAUUGUUGAUGAUGGUGUGGAUGAACAGCAUGAGCUUCGACUGGGUCCGGGGGAUGCAUACUGCAUGGAUGGAGAGAUGCAGGAGCACUAUGUUCAUUCCCUCCCCCCCGAUGAACACAGUAAAGGUUCAGUAGAAGGGCGCCGUAUUAUUGUCGUCUUUCGUUCAGGCACACAAAAAGUGUUCAAAAAGGAUUCCGGUAAACCAUGCAACUUGGCGGCUUUGGAGCCUCGACCUGAUCUGUGUUUUACGUUUGGAAACGAAAUAAAAGAUUUGCGGGAGGGCGACAUCUACGGCGGACGUCAGCUGCGGGCAAUGAAUGCCCAUCGAUCCACACAGCGCAGUGUCAGCGGGAAUAAAGUCAUGGGAUGUGAUGCAAUUACAGUUUCUCGGGAUCGCGAGGAUGACACUUUUGUGAGAUUUUCCUUUGCAGCAGAAACACGUGUUGGUGGGGGGAGCAUGCUCACAAGUUUGCAGAAGGGAUAUCCUGUUCGGGUCUUUCGCACGUCAGCUUUGCACAAUAAGUACAAAGCAGUCGCAAAGAAAAGUGGCCCAAAGUCAAAGUCAAAUGUGUACCGGUACGAUGGCCUUUACCAUAUAGAAUCUGCGGUGGAAGAACUGGGAGACAAAGUAAACGAUGUGUCCCUUGGCUUGAGCAACAUGAUCAACCGCAAGUCAGAAAUUAUUUUUCGGCUUUGUCGAUCCUCAGAGAACAGUGUAUCGUCAAUGCGCCUUUUGAGACGCAUUGUCAUUGAGCGCAUGACCCACAGCAAAGUGACCAGCAACAACGAUCUGCGCAAAAACUGUCCGAAGAAGAUCAUUGUCAAUUAAUGAAUCUGUAUGUUAUGCACAAAAUAUUCUUAUAUCAAGCAGAACCAAAU